ACUACUGACGCAAAAUCUGUGUACACUACACAAGGACUUGCAGUUCUUUCAUGUUCCCUUCAUAUCAAACCAAACAAGCUCCUUCAAAACAUUCUCAUCGGAUGUCACUGUAGAAGAUCUUCACCGUGAGAAGCACGCUCCCCUCCGCGUUACACAGGAGGAGGCGGCGAUGCCGUACAUCAAACAGGAGGCACAGCCACAAAUCCCCAUUAUUAAGGAAGAAGAACAGGAAGACGAAAUCACCACUUUUCCAUUGAUUGUCAUUGUCAAGAGUGAAGAAGAUGAAGGUAAAAGCGAAGAGAGCGGAGCAGCGAAACAAUCAAGCGACGGCUCCUUUCAACACCUGACAGCAAAAGGAGAAGGACAAUCGCAACCGGACGACUGCUUAGCUCCACUUUCGGACAGCGAGGACAUCACAUCCCACUCUUCUGACCUAAACACUGAUGAAGAGGAUAAUGACUAUGACCAAAAUGCUUUAAAAUCCUUAAACAAGUCAUCAUUGAAAAGAGACACAAAAGAAUGCAAGGUUGGGGAAGCUUUUCCUUGCUUACAUUGCGAUAAAACAUUUUCUUGGAAGAUAGAUUUAAAAAAGCAUAAGCAUACACACACUGAAGAGAAAUCUUUUGCCUGCUCCUUUUGUGGGAAAAGAUUCUCUCGGAAAGCAGAUCUAAACGAUCAUACUAAAAGGCACACUGGAGAGAAGCGUUUUGCCUGUUCACUUUGUGACAAAAGAUACUUCACGAAAGGAAAUUUAAACAUUCACACAAGAACACACACAAAAGAGAAGCCUUUUGUCUGUACACUUUGCGAUAAAGGAUUUUCUCAGAAGACUGAUUUAGACAGGCAUAAGCGUACACACACUGGAGAAAAGCCUUUUGUCUGCACAUUUUGUGGUAAAAGAUUCACCGAUAAGGGAAAUUUAAACCAACAUGCAAGCACACACACUGGAGAGAAGCCUUUCGCCUGCUCCUUUUGUGAGAAAAGAUUUCGACGGAAGUAUGCGUUGACAAUACACACGCGCAAACAUGCUGGAGAAAAGCCUUUUCCCUGCUCAGUUUGUCAUCAAAGAUUCUCUCGGAAAAUAGAACUAAACGAUCACACGAGAACGCACACUGCCGAGAAACCUUUUGCCUGCGCACUUUGCGAUAAAAUAUUUUCUCAGAAGACUUAUUUAAAAAGGCAUACGCGCACACACACUGGAGAAAAGCCAUUUGUCUGCAGAUGUUGUGGUAAAAGAUUCGCUCUGAAGGCAAAUUUAAACGCACAUGCAAGAACACACACUGGAGAGAAGCCCUUUGCCUGCUCACUUUGUGGUAAAGGAUUCGCUCAGAAAGCAAAUUUAGUAACGCACGCAAGAAGCCACACUGGGGAAUAACUUUUGAAUUUCAAUGUGUGACAAAAUAUUCAGAUUACUCCCAUUUCCACCCAUUUACUGUUGAAAAAGUAUCUCAAUUUACCUAUUCAGUUUCCCUUGAGUCUCACCCUCUGUUAACAAGACAUCAAUUCAUGGCUCUGCUCAAGCUGCCUACUGUUUAUUAGCCCAAAAGUGUAUAAUGUAAAUAUGAUACGAGUCAUACACGCAUGCUUUUUAUGGAAAAUAAUUCUAUUUUUUAUUUCUGAUGGCGAUACUGUCUGAUGGUAAUAAUUUUGAGCUGUGGGUCUGGGUCUACACUCACCUAAAGGCCUGCAAUUAUUUUUAUUUUAAUUAGAAUAUUAGAAUUAUUCAGUUAUUUUUUGUUAUUUAUUUUAACUUAACAUUAGAUCUGUGUUCCAAUUUGCUUAUGUUUUGAAAAAAAAUUCCUUUUCAAUGGGAAAAAGUUUUUUUUAACCCAGAUAUGUCAAAGUAACACAUUUUAGAGCUGUAAAUGCAAUAACGUGCAACUGUGAUAUUUUUGCAUAAGCUUAUCAUACCGUCAGAAUCUCAUACCGGCACAUGCCUAUUCCUAAUAAAUCCCUCCAGAAAUUGCAGCCACCUUCAAACUCAGCAACACACAUCAUUGCACGAACGCGUACCGCACACCACAUCACCCUUGCCCUCCGUCAACUCCAUUGGCUUCUGGUAAAACAAAGAAUUGACUAUAAGAUCCUUUUUACCACUUUCAAAACUACAAUUUACAGCCCGGCCCCACUCUACAUUUCUGACCUCCUUUGGACCUCCCCCCGAUCUUCGCAAUAUAACUUCUUUGCCACUUUUCAAAUCCAGACUGAAAACAUAUCUGGUCAAAUUAUCAUAUCCAGCUUGAUUCUGUUCUCGUUUGUGUUAUAACUUCUUCACUGUUACUUGGGAUUUACUCAGAUUUUGUUUUUGUCUAUUUGUAGCUUUAAACUCAGUUGUGAAGUGUCCUUGAGUGUCUUGAAAGGUACUUUAAA